GCCUGCUAAUUUUAGACCACUAAAAGAAGCCAGUCAUAGGCACUGGUCUUGUUGGACUGCUGUUCCUGGUCAUUGAGAACCUUUGUCCAGGAGGGGCAAGGAGGAGCUUGGGACAGGUCAUAAUUGGCGGGGACGUAAGAGGCCCGAGAGGAAGGAAUGGGAACCUCCGACCUUUAACCGGAGGCCAUGGGACUGAGCAACUAUCCAGGUAGGGCAUCAGCAGCUGCCAUUACUGGCUCCCAGCCCAGUGUGUGACAGAGACUCCUCGCAGGCCAUUCUUCUCUAGGCUGAGCUCUGGCAGGGAGAGAGAGAGAAGCCUAGCUCGGGCCCCUCUUCUCUUCUCUCCCUGGGGACGAGACGGCCAAGGAGCCGGCUUCCCAGAGGACAAGUGGAAAGUGUGAAGACCUUAAAAAAUGAAUCUUGCCGAAGCCCCCUGCUGGCUGAGUGACCACCCACUGGAUUAUCAUGAGCCCAAAGCUCUCCUUGAAUGUGAGCCGCCAUUCUUCUGCCCCAAAGUCUCCCUCAAAUGGGGAGUCAGGUGGUUGGAAUGCGGAGAGAGAACUGAUGGGAUGCCGGAGGUCCCUGGAGGAAUGAUUAGCAGGAGGCAUCCGGGUCCAGGAAUGGCUCACCUGGCUCACCUGGGGAUGCUAUUGCUUAGGGAGGGGAGAUUCAAGGGCAAAGUCCCUGCUCAGAAAGGCAGACCACGUGAUCCUGGGCAAGGCAAGGCAUGUAGGGCAAAGCCAGUGGCAGAGGCCAGCCUUGUCCUGGAUCCACUGGUUGAGAAAAGGAUUCUGCUCAGGAAGGAGAGGCAGGAAUUGUGAUCAGGGCACAAGUCCCCUGUAGGGGCAGAGUCAUGGAGCUGUCCAGAGACCAUCAGCAUGGCUGCGGCAGCCCCUGGAAAAGGUUCCUGCUCAUAGCUAUCCUGCUGAGCUUCUGGACUCACCCAGGAUUUGCUGAGAUCUUCAUCAACACAGUCCCAACCCAACCUAUGGAAGGAGGCAACAUGCUUUUGAUUGCCUUGAACACUCCAGAUGAUAUCCUCAAUGCCACCUGGUAUUCUUGGUUCCGGCCCUGGUAUCCUGCCAUGAUCGUCAGUUGCAUCCCCACUAACAGGACAGGCCCCUGUGCCCAAGUCUUCAGUCCUGCCCACACCACGAGAAAGAUUCUGACACACUGGAACAUCUUGGAAAUCAGAAACCUCACUCUCUCUGACACUGGUUUCUACUCCUUGCUACUGGACACUGAGUCAGGACCAAGGAAUGCAUCUACCUACAUCAAAGUGAAGCAAGCAGAUGACUCCAUUUCAAAGCCCAAAAUCUCAGCCAACACGACUGUUCCUGUGGCGGAGAUCGAUUCAGUGGUCUUCACCUGUCACACCAACGCAACCAACGUCAAGAUCCUCUGGUUCAAUGGUGGUGUGCUGCUGUCAGGUGGAGAGCGCCUGCAGCUGUCCAGCGACAACAGGACUCUGACCAUCUUGAGGGUGACCCUAGGAGACCAGGGGCUGUACUACUGUAGGGUGGAGAACAACCUCACCAGCGCCACAAGUGAUACCAUCCAACUGACUGUGAACUAUAGCCCUUCCCAGAUAUUUUUGUUUACCCAUCCAACACGAAGUUAUGAAAAUGUUAUCACAAGUGACCUCAACUACUCCGUGGUCUUGAACUGUGAAGUUAGUGGAAGCCCCAGCCCCCUGGUCUUCUGGUUCUUUAAUGGGACUGAGUGUUGGAACAGAUCGGUGUACGUCAUUCAGAGACUGAGCCCGAAGGACCUGGGCAAUUACUUCUGCAUGGCUCGGAACAGCGUGGGCCAGCAAACCUCCCCUUCCAUCCAAGUGCGGCUGCCUCAGGACAACAGUGACAUAGAGCCCAUCGAACCCGACCCCAUCUACUCCCUCUCUGGAGCUCCUGCCAUCUGCCUGACUGUCGCAGGAAUCGCAGGGAUAAUCUUUUUCAUUGGGGGCAUGACAUACUCUGUGCUCAACAGGAAAUCAGUGAGGAAAGGAAAGAGCCAAGAAUGUGGGUGUAUCUAAGCCUGGAAGACCCAUCCCUUCAGCCCAAGAGAUCUGGGCCAACUGAAUUCCAGAAGGCAAAGGAGGAGCACAUCAGCCCGCUUGGGGGGACCCUCAAUAAAAAGCAAUGAACCAACCAACAUUCCAACUCUCCUACUUUGCUAUAUAACCUUGAAAAAAAUCAGUCUAUUUCUCUGAACCUCAGUUUCCUCAUCUGUAAAAUAAGAGGAUUCUACUCAACACUCCCUGGGGACCCAGUCAGUUCUAAAUAGAUUCAGUCUGAGAGGCAGCUGAGUAGUUCAGUGGAUUGAGUCAGGCCCGGAGACCUGGGUUCAAAUCUGGCCUCAGACACUUCCCAGCUGUGUGACCCUGGGCAAGUCACUGAACCCCCCCUAGCC